UGACCUGGAGGAUGCAGCAGUGGCUGCGCUGAAUCUUUUUAUUGAGUUGGCGAGGAAUGAGCCUAAAUUCUUGAGACGGCAACUAGUGGUUGUUGUAGGUACCAUGAUUGAGAUAGCAGAGACUAAGAGUUUGGAAGAGGAGAUUAGGAUCUUGGCAGUUGAGUUUAUGUUAACUUUGGUUGAGGCUAAGGAGAAGGUUCCUGGCAUGAUGAAGAAGGUGCCUUUGUUUACUAACACUUGUUUCGCUAUCUUAUUAAAUUUAACGCUGGAUAUCAAGGAUGAAUAUCGCUUUCAUACUGCUGAACCUAUUUGGCAUAGUGGUGAACCUAGUUGGCAUUGUGCGGAGAAACAGUAUGAAGUUACAUGGGCGACGAAGAGCUGCGCUUUUGGUCUAACUUGUUUAAAACGGCUAUCAAUUGCAUUAGGUGGAAAAACUAUUACUCCUAUUGCAAUGGAGCAGCUGCCUUCUUACUUGGUUGCCCCUGAGUGGGAGAAACGCCACGCUGCUCUCCUAGCAAUUGCUCAGAUAUCCGAAGGUAGCUCAAUGGUGAUGAUCAGGUAUUUGGAGCAAUUUGUGAAUAUGGUUCUCCGAUCUUUCCACGAUCCGCAUCCUCAAGUGAGAUGGGCUGCUGUUCGUGCAAUUCACCAGCUAUUGAUAGAUUUUUGUCCAUAUUUACAAGCACAAUACCAUAACCAAAUAUUGCCUGCAUUAGCUGCAGCUAUGGAUGAUCUUCAAAAUACUCGAGUGCAGGCAUUUGCAGCUGCUUCUGUUGUGAUUUUCUGUCGAUUUGAAAGUCCAGACAUUAUCGAACCCUAUGUGGAUGGGUUACUUAAAAAACUGGUCUUACUUCUGCAGAAUGACAAUCAAAUGGUACAUGAAGAAGCAUUAAUUGCACUAGGUUCUAUAGCUGAUUUGUCUAAGGAGCACUUCCAUAAGUACUACGAUUUCGUAAUGCCACAUCUGAAAGCUUUACUGGUGAAUGCAAAUGACAAAUCAGAUGAAGCGCGUGGACACAACGCCUUGCAGUGCAUAAGCUCUGUCGGAAUGGCUGUUGGCAAAGAGAAAUUCAGAGAUGACAUAAAACAGGUGUCCCCCAGCUAUGGCUAAAACUUCUUUUUCAUAAGGGUACUGCCAUGCGGCUCACAUAUAUUAGUUCCAUAGAAAGAACUUACACCCCAUAUUUAUACCAUGUCACAUUAAUUUACGAUGGUAAAGUGAUGACUUGAGUGAAAAUACAUGUGAAUUAACCAUCAUUACGUUAUAAAGUGUGUGUAAAAAUACUUUUCCUGCAUUCAUUGAUUUGUAUCAUCUUAUUCAUUCAUUCAUUUCUCGACGUGGA